UCUCUCAACAUUCCUUCUGAUUUACUUAUUGAGCCAAUUAAACAAUCAGAGGCCCGUUCCCAAGAUGUCAGAGUUAGAGAACGCAAUCAUCAUGAUCGUGGAUGUCUUUGACAAAUAUGCAUGCACUGAAGGCAACAAGAGGACCCUUACCAAAGGUGAAAUGAAAACCCUUAUGGAGAAAGAACUGCCCAGACUAUAUUCGAAUGCAAAGAAGAAGGAUGCUUCAGCCAAACUCUUAAAGGAUCUGGAUGAUGAUAGUAGCGUUUAUGUGAAUUUUGAGAAAUUUAUUGACCUUCUGGCUCGCCUCCUGGUCAUCACUGAACCUGAACGUUGAAAAACCUGAAAAAUGUACCUCUACAGAAGUGAUUUACAGCCAAUAACAAUUGACAUUAUUCACAAUAAAGCUCUAUAACCUAUACUGAUGCACCUGUAUUUUAUAU